UUUUUUCAAUUUUCCACUCUACAAAUUUGUUUGAGUAAACGCGUGGAAUUACUCUAAUGCUCAAGCUUUGCAUCAGCGAAAAUACAACCCUGCUCGUUCCAUUCCGCCAUUUUGCUACUUAUACGAAGGCGACAAUAACGGAAUUUACAUUUGACGCGCAAAUUGCCGCGCACUUUGCGUAGUUUUGUGGCAAACAGAUGUGAUCUCCUCCGAAAUGAACCACAUAAUCCAGGACAAGUACAUUCCGCAGCAGCUGCUCUACUUCAUAGCGGGCAGGCGCUGCUGCCAGCAGUUCCCGUGCACUUUCCGAACCAGCGAACACGAAGCCUUCGCCAACAGCGCUCGCUCCUUAGGGCUGCGAUCGCAGGUGGUCCAUGUGAAUGGGAACAACUGUGUGAAGGUGUACAAGCAGGCGUGUCGCCACUACCUGGAGGAGCCCAAGACGCUGGUACUGUCCUCGGGUGCCACGCUGAACAUGUUCACGCUGCUGGGCAGAAAGUCGUUCAUGGUCAGGGAGGAUAUGGAGCUGUCCGCGGACUUAGUCCCCCUCAAGGCCAGUGCCUCGGAUUUGCCCUCACUGCAUCUGCCGCUGCCCGCCAUACGUCCCCCAAACCUGCGCUUUUGGACGGAGGCGCAGCUAAAGUUCUUGACUGCUUUUCCGGGUUACCCGCUGAAAGAGGAGAUCAUGCAGUCAUUGUACGCCAAUCGGGUUGUCGUGUUUAACGCCGUUCUCUCCUGGGACAAGCCCGUUUUCCUGCCCCUGAUCAUUUUGGAUGACUGCCGGAACAAGAAGUCCAACGUGAAGAUCAUCUGCAUCGAAAGGCAGGCCAUUCUGGCCACCUAUAACAGUCAGCGAAUAGCCAACUUCUUUGGCGAGCAGCUGGGCGAGACGGUGGGCAUCCAGUUACCGUACUUCAGCGCCGUUAGCUCCAGCACUUUCAUUAUUUUCUCGACGGCCCAGUACUUUCUGCGCUCCCUGACCAACCAGCAAUUUCGCAACAUCAGUCACCUGGUGAUGAACGAUGUGCACCUGCAUGAUCCCUAUGCCGACAUCCUGCUGAGCGAGAUCCGCAUGGCCUUGAAUAGCCAUCAAAACCUGAGGGUGGUGCUGCUGUCGCAAAUGGAGGACCCCAAGAAGUUCAUCGACUUCUUUGGCGAAGGAUCGCAACUGAAUAUGAUUACGCAGCAGGAGGUCGGACCCCGCGUCUCCUACUUGAACGACCUGCACAGCUGCAUUGCCCUGGCCGGAAUUCACAAGGGUCCGGACAUCUACAAGGAGGUCCCGGAGGCUUUCCGCUCCAACAACCCGCGCAACGAGCAGAUGGACAAGUGCCUGCAGGCCUACGGAGAGUUGGGCACGGAUGCCGCCCUACGUCCCUUUCUGUAUGCCGUUAACUACGACCUGGCUCCUGUGAACUAUCGCCACUCGCAGAACGGCAAAACGGCGGUGCACUUUGCCUCCGAGCUAAACAAGGCCAAUCAUCUCCGCCUGCUGCUGUUCAUGGGCGCCGAUCCCUACAUCGUGGACCUGUACCAGCAGAACGCCAUCUCGCUGGCGGCCAUGAACGGCAACCACGAGUGCAUCGAUGUUCUGAACAGCUACAGCCUGCACGGUUAUGUGGUCAAGAGCGCCAAGCCGGAUUUCAUGGACUACGAUCUCAUCAUUGACAUAAUGUAUCUAUUGCGUACCAAACCGGAGUAUUCGCCAGGCAACAUCCUCAUCAUUUUGCCCACCUACUACCACAUUGUCAAGCUGAACUAUAUGAUCCUGAGCCACUGCCUCACUGGCAGCCUACAGGAGUGCUCCAUAUUCCUGCUGUACGAUAAUAUGAGAAAGGACUACGUCGAGGCGCUUGUCAAUGCUCGCGAUGACACGGUGAAGGUGGUGCUGACCACGGAGAUAAUCGAAUCGCUCUGCCUGAAGGUUCCUUUCAAGUACCAAAUAGACACCGCCUGCCGGGUAAACAAUGUUUACGAUACCACAAGCUACAGCGGCGAGGAUCGAUUCGAAUGGGUGGCCAAGGACUCCUUCCUGCGAAGGGAGUUAAUCCUUCACCCCAAUAACGGGGAUGCACAAUGCUUCCGUCUGAUAAAGAAGGAGGCCUAUGAAGAGCUUGGCGAGACAAGUCAGCCUAGUCUGCAAACUAUGCCGCUGGACAAGAUCUGCCUGGCAAUAAAAUUCCUCUCGCCCAAUAUGAUUAUAAGCGAAUAUCUGGGUCUGACCAUCUCACCACCACCGCUGAUCAACUUGCACCAUGCGGUGCAGUUCCUCAAGAAAAUAGACGUGCUGGAUGACGCCGAGGAUGUGACCUGGCUGGGCUGCCGGCUAAUGGACAUUCCGGUUAACUGCCAACUCGGCCGCAUGCUGAUCUUCGGCAUUCUGCUGCGCUGUCUGGAUCCAAUACUCACAAUAGUCAGCUCUCUGUCGACGGCGGAUCCGUUGGGCAUUCCGUUUACCGAGGACAUCGACCACUUGUGGGACAGGUUCACCAUUUACAUCCAGAACAGCAUCAAGAAGGAGCGGGCCUUCCUGUCCGACAAUCAGUUUUCCGAUCACUUUAUCUUCGUGCGCUUGUAUAAGGAGUGGCAAAAUCGAAUGCACAACAGAACACCGCCUCUAUACCUUAAGGAUGAAUAUGAUUUUAUGCUGAAUGGGUUGAUGGAGUACCUCACCUCUAUUCGUUCCGAGAUUGUGAGCUCCUUGCGUGCAGCCAAUUUGAUCCACAGCCGAGGCAAGCUGAGCAUGAACAAUCUCAACCAGAUGUCCGGCAAUUGGCACAUGGUUAAGGCGGCCUUGACGGGUGGGAUGUAUCCGAACAUUUGUGCAGUGGACGCUAGGAAGAGUGCCCUAAAGUCAGCCUUUUCAGGGAAUAUUUACAUGCACCCGAACACCGUGCUCAGGGAUUUCUUGGAGCCACUAAACAUUUCGGCCCAAAACUUCCGCACACCGUGGAUUGUGUGCAACAAGCAGAAGAACCACAUCGUGUACGCCACCCUGGUCGUUCCCCUGGCUGUCGCCAUGUUUUCUGGACAUCCACGGAUUCACCUCUCCUCGAUUUGCGACAGUGAAACGAGUUUGACCGAUCGCAACGUUAACGUCUUUAUAGACGAAUGGAUCUGGAUGGUUAUGUCCAAGGCUACUGCGGAAAUGAUGAUGCGAACGCGUCAUUACUUCUUUCGAAUGUACCACGAUCUGCUGAAGCACUGCAGCGAGCUGGAGAUGUGGCGCCGCGACUCCGAGCCAGUUUCCCACUACACGUUGCUCACUGAUACCCUAUCGAAGAUCUUCGAGAGCGAGGAUGUUUUCGUGGGCUUCUCUAAGCCUCCGCCUAUAACCUUUCUACCAACUCCUCAGCUGCCAUCCUUGUAUCUGCUCGCCGUCAACGCCCAAUUCAGUUGGGCCCGGGAAGUAGAGGAGAACACGCCACCGAAACCACACCAUUUCAAUUCGCAUUUCAUCGAGAGGCAGUUCUUCGUGCUCUACGCAGGCGGCGAUUGCGAGGAGUUCCACAGCAAAAACACGCCAGCCUUUAUUGAAAGUGUUCUCGCUAAGUUUGUCAGACCGAUCGAGACACCCAACAGACAUAUCUUUGUGAUCCUGUACAGAAAGGAUCCAGACGUGAUGCUCAGCAUUAGUCGAGCUAAAACAGUCAAUGGUGUAUUUGUGUUGAAGGAGUACUUCCGGAACAACAUUCCUGUGUUUGAAAUUUUAGAUGCGUGUGUGUCGUUAAAUGUGAAGAUACCAGUGUUUGAUGGUCGCCUAAUGUCUGCUCUAAUUGACAAACGUGUCGGAAACUUAAUUAUGGAUUUGUUUGCCUUCCGACACCACUGGAUUCACAAGCGAUAAAGCCUAGUGCCUCGGGCGUAUCUUCUAUGCUAAUUCAGAUUACAAAAAAUUAAGAAUAAUCCGUACGUGGUGAACGAAGUAGGACUUGAUUGUGCCUUUUAUUGCUGUGCAGUGAAUAUUAAUUUUAAACGCAUUUCAUUUAAGUGAACGCUAAUCGAAAUCAAAAUACGUAUUUUUAAGUACCAUAAGCGAAAUGGAAUGGACUUGUUUGCAAGCAUCGUAGUUUUUACCUAAUUGUUGACAGUCUGAAAUGUGCAUCCCAAUCAUAAGUUGAUGUGAGA